AUGGAACCCAAGCUUUCUUCUCGGUCUCCUGAAAAGAUCAAAGCCGACCUGGAACGAGAGUUCCUGUUGCCACCAACUACUUUCAACGCUGAGUGGCUGAACAAGUUACAGCAAAGAUGGGACUAUCAGACCCCAGACUACACCGAACUGUGCCAACUUGCUCCAACUCAAACACGAACAGUCACCCGUUUCACCCGGGAAGGUCUAGAGGGGAAAGUGACAGGCUACAAACAAGUGACCGUCCCGGCCUCAAGUGCGACCGCAAAGAACUCGACAUCAAUCCUCCGCCGACCAGCUAACCGAGCAGAUUUUGUUCGAGGAGCUGCUGGCUUUUUCCCCUUUGCUCCAGGAGGACUCGAUGGGGUUGAUGCAAUUCAGGCUUAUGAAGACCAGGCGAUCCUCGAGCAAGGGAAUCGACCAAAGAACAAAGGAAAUGUACUAGACAAGAUAAUCAAUUUCACAGGAGCUGAUGGUUUACUUGAAAUACCUCCGGGAUUCACAAGAGGUCUGAAAUUCACAGACAACAAGACAAAGGAAGCGCAGGAAAACGCCGAGGCAGUGGUACAUACUCUGGAGGAAGAUACACCUUCGUCAAAGCCUGUUUCGGAUGGUAUUCAGGAGAACGGGGCCCCAACUCCUUCUUCUGAGAAUGAGGACAAUGACAGCGAGAUGGGUGAUGAAGAUACAGACCUCGACGACUUGCUACCUGUCGAAUUUCCCUCCCUUGAACCACACGGUGAACUCCAAUCUUCAUCUAACAAGAAGUCAGGUAAAGAGUGGGCUCAUGUUGUUGACAUUGACAAGGAAAUCACCAAUUUUAAGGAACUGGUUCCUGAUAUGGCUCGAACCUGGCCUUUUGAGCUUGAUACAUUCCAGAAAGAAGCUGUUUACCACUUGGAAAAUCGCGAUUCGGUCUUUGUUGCUGCUCACACCUCUGCUGGCAAGACCGUUGUUGCAGAAUAUGCCAUCGCCAUGGCAGCAAAGAACAUGACCAAAGCAAUCUACACUUCGCCGAUCAAGGCCUUGUCCAAUCAGAAAUUUCGAGAUUUCAAAGAAGUCUUUGGCAGUGAUGUCGGUAUUUUGACAGGUGAUGUCCAAAUCAAUCCUGAGGCUAGUUGUCUCAUCAUGACCACCGAGAUUCUGAGAAGCAUGCUCUAUCGCGGGGCUGACUUGAUUCGAGAUGUGGAAUUUGUCGUCUUCGAUGAAGUCCACUAUGUCAACGAUCUGGAAAGAGGUGUUGUUUGGGAGGAGGUUAUCAUCAUGUUACCUGAACAUGUUACUCUCAUCCUGUUAUCUGCCACUGUUCCGAACACAUAUGAAUUCGCUUCUUGGGUUGGUCGAACCAAAAAGAAGAAUAUUUAUGUGAUCUCGACUCCUAAGAGACCUGUACCUCUUGAACACUAUCUCUGGGCCGGUAAAGAGAUGCAUAAGAUUGUCGACUCAGAGAAAAGAUUUCUCCAGAGGGGCUGGAAGGUCGCCAAUGACAUUCUUUCAGGUUUGGACAAAGUGAAAGAACAAAAGGCCAUAGAAAGUCAAGCUCCAGGCCGCGGAAGCGCCAACCAGAGUGCAGGUCGUGGAGGACAACCAGCUCGCGGAGGAAAUCAACGCGGUGGUUCACAGCAGCGAGGACGUGGCCAACCUGCCAAUCGUGGUCAAGGCAACAUUGCACGUACUGGUCGUGGAGGUGGCAGAACUACAGCUGCUCAAGAUCGAAAUGUCUGGGUUCAUCUUGUCCAGUUCCUUCGUAAGGAAAACCUUCUCCCUGCCUGCAUUUUCGUGUUUUCGAAGAAGAGAUGUGAGGAAAACGCGGAUUCUUUGUCCAACCAGGACUUCUGCACAGCAACCGAUAAGAGUGCUAUUCACAUGAUUAUCGAAAGAUCGAUUGCACGACUGAAGCCUGAAGAUCGAGGAUUGCCUCAGAUCAGACGGCUGCGAGAGAUGCUCGGACGAGGUAUCGCAGUGCAUCAUGGUGGACUGCUACCGAUCGUUAAGGAGAUUGUUGAAAUUCUAUUUGCGAAGAGUCUUGUGAAAGUGUUGUUCGCAACAGAAACAUUUGCCAUGGGUCUGAAUCUGCCCACAAGGACUGUGGUGUUCUCUGGCUAUAGAAAGCACGAUGGACGCGAGUUUCGAAACCUGCUUCCUGGAGAAUACACCCAGAUGGCUGGAAGAGCUGGACGAAGAGGGCUCGACACUGUUGGCACCGUCAUUAUAGUAGCAUCUGGCAAGACAGAGGCACCGCCUGCGGCUGAACUCAGCCAGAUGAUCACAGGACCGGCUACUAAGCUUCGAAGUCAGUUCAGGUUACAUUACAACAUGAUGCUAAAUUUGAUGCGAGUCGAGGCAUUAAAGAUCGAGGAGAUGAUCAAACGAAGCUUUUCCGAAAACGCAACCCAGGCUCUCUUGCCGCAGCAUGAGAAACAAAUUACCUUGUCUCAGGCAACCUUGGACAAGAUCAAGCGCGAGCCAUGUGAUAUCUGCGACAUCGACCUUGAAGCCUGUCACGAGGCAGCGAUGAAAUACGAAGAGAUCACCAAAGAACUUUACAUCCGAAUCCUGGCGACGCCGAUAGGACGGCGUCUUUGGACGACGAGGAGGUUGAUUGUGUUCCGAAAGGAGGGUGUCCGAAAAGCAGGUAUUUUGAUGGAAGACGGACUGAGAGGUCCUGCCAACGCACCAUUUUUGAAAGUUCUUGAAAUAUCAGACAUGGAGGAAAAGCGAUCAACCCGAGACUUGCUCCCAUAUCUGCCAGGACUUCGAAAUUUAUUUUCCCCUCUGCCGUCCAAGGCAUCCCGGGUGAGGAGUGGAGUAAUCCAGGUUUUGUUGGAUGAGGUGGAAUGUGUAACCCAGACGGUGAUCAAGGUCAGCGGCCCUCCCUGGUAUCUCAAAAUUGCGAAAGUGCAAAAACAGUUCGCUGAAGAAGAAUUUGUUCAACUUCUGUCAUCGUGGGACUCUACGGCUUGGGAUGAACAGGACUGGACGAAGGUUACUGACUUGCAGGUUCGCGAGUUGCUGGGGAAGAGAAAGAGCCUUGCUGCGAAGAUCGCGAAGUCCAAAUGUUUGGGGUGUCCCAAUUUUGUCAAGCAUUACGGCAUGCAACACGACGAGUGGCUGGUCAAGGUGAAUAUCGAAUCGCUGAAGAUGCUCAUGUCCGACCAAAAUCUUUCAUUGCUGCCAGAUUACCAACAACGAACGGAAGUUUUGAAAGAUCUCGGAUUUAUUGACGAGGAAUCUCGUGUGCAAUUGAAAGGGAAGGUCGCGUGUGAGAUCCAUUCUGCAGAUGAACUGGUCCUCACGGAACUGAUCUUGGAAAACGUCCUGGCGAAAUUCGAGCCCGAAGAAAUCGUGGCACUUCUAUCGGCAUUUGUCUUCCAGGAGAAGAGCGAAAGCGAGCCGCAAGUGAGUGAUUCGUUGCAACAAGGGAAGGAGGCGAUCGUUCAGAUAGCGAACAAAGUCAACCACUAUCAGAUCCUGCACCAAGUGAUCCUGUCGUCAGACGAUGCCAACGAUUUUGCGUCCAAACCACGCUUUGCACUGAUAGAGGUAGUGUACGAAUGGGCCCGAGGCAUGUCGUUCAAGAACAUUACGGACUUGACGGAUGUCAUGGAGGGCACGAUUGUCAGAGUGGUGACUCGACUGGAUGAGACUUGUCGGGAAGUCAUGAGUGCCGCUCGAUUGAUCGGUGAUCCUAGUCUUUACCAGAAGAUGGAGAAGGCCAGGGAGAUGAUUCGGAGGGAUGUGGUUUUCACGGCCAGUUUGUACAUGUGA